AUGUCGUGGACGUGGACUGUGGACGUGGACGUGGACGUGGACGUAGACGUCGAUGUGGACGUGGACGUGGACGUGGACGUGGUCGUGGACGUGGACGUGGACGUGGACGUGGAGGUGGACGUGGACGUGGACGUAGACGUGGACGUGGACGUGGACGACGAGGACGUAGACGUGGACGUGGACGUGGACGUGGACGACGUGGACGUGGACGUGGACGUGGACGUGGACGACGUGGACGUGGACGUGGACGUGGACAUGGACGUGGACGUGGACGUGGACGUGGACAUGGACGUGGACGUGGACGUGGACUGGACCAUGGACGUGGACGUGGACAUGGACGUGGACAUGGACGUGGUCGUGGACGUUGACAUGGACGGGGACGUGGACGUGGACGUGGUCGUGGACGUGGACGUGGACGUAGCCGUGGACGUGGACGUGGACGUGGUCGUGGACGUGGACGUGAACGUGGACGUGGUCGUGAACGUGGACGUGGACGUGGACGUGGACGUGGUCGUGGACGUGGAGAUGGACGUGGACGUGGAUGUUGACGUGGACGUGGACGUGGUCGUGGACGUGGACGUGGUCGUGGACGUGGACGUGGUCGUGGACGUGGACGUGGACCUGGUCGUGGUCGUGGUCGUGGAUUGUGGACACGUGGACGUGGUCGUAGACAUGGACGUAGACAUGGACGUGGACGUGGACGUGGUCGUGGUCGUGGACAUGGUCUGUGGACUGGUCGUGGACAUGGACGUGGACGUGGACAUGGUCGUGGACGUGGAUGUGGACGUGGACAUGGACGUGGACGUGGACAUGAACGUGGACGUGGACGUGGUCGUGGACGUGGACGUGGACGUGGACAUGGACGUGGACGUGGACGUGGUCGUGGACGUGGACGCGGACAUGGACGUGGACGCGGACAUGGACGUGGUCGUGGUCGUGGACAUGGACGUGGACGUGGUCGUGGACGUGGACAUGGACGUGGAGGACGUGGACGUGGAGGACGUAGACGUGGAGGACGUCGACGUGGACGUGGUCGUGGAUGUUGACGUGGACGUGGACGUGGACGUGGACGUGGAGGACUUGGACGUGGACAUGGACGUGGACGUGGACGUGGUCGUGGACGUGGUCGUGGUCGACGUGGACGUGGAUAUGGACGUAGACGUGGACGUGGACGUGGACGUGGACGUGGACGUGGACGUGGAUGUGGACGUGGAGGACGUGGACCGUGUACGUGGACGUGGACAUGGACGUGGAGUGGACGUGGUUGUGGACGUGGACGUGGACGUAGACAUGGACGUGGAGGACGUGGACGUGGAGGACGUUGACGUGGACGUGGGUUUAGGGUUUAGGGUUUAG